GCUAGCUAAAAAGCCGCCGGCUCGCUCCCCGCCGCGCACUGAAGCCUCGGAGAGGAGCGCCUGUGUGCGUAACGAGGAUGAUGCUCUCGCCUCCCCGCCACCUGCUCGGCCUCCUGCUCCGCGCUCUGGCCGCGCUCUGGAGCAGCCUGGCGCCCCUCUGGCUCUGGGGGGCUCCCGGGCGCCGCCUGCGCGCCCCGGAGAAAGGGAGCCCCUCCGGGACGCCGGUGCCGCUCAGCGUCAACUACCACUUCACCCGGCAGUGCAACUACAAGUGCGGCUUCUGCUUCCACACAGCCAAGACCUCCUUCGUGUUGCCCCUGCAGGAAGCCAAGAGAGGGCUCAGCUUGCUCAAGCAGGCGGGUGAGUGAGUGGGUGGGUGACCCGGGGCUGUCUGGCUAGCUAGCAGGGCUGCCCACCUGAAUAAAACAUUGGGGGCACCCAAGUAAUCGAUCACAAGAUGCUAUUUGAAUAGCAAUGCCCAUCAACUUUGGGCAGGGUGGGUGGGUGAGCCAACAUCUCAAAUAUUUUAUGGGGACUGGAAGGGACCUCAGCCCCUAGGAGUUGGCUCCUGUACUAGCUAGAUAGCUGGUGCUUUUCCUCCAGGAGGGAGUCCUGCUGUUUGUUGUUUAGGCACACAGUAGUUCAACCGUGCAAAGGGGCAGCGGUGAUGGGACCUCUUGAUGUUUGUCUCCCUCGCAAGUUCAAGUGGAUUUAUCCCGGUGUGAAUAUGUAUAAGAUUGCAGCCUAGAUUAAUUGCACACGGCCUUUCGUUUGCAAUAAUCAAGACAAAACGAUUGCAUUCCAAGACUCCAAACUCUUCUUUUGUAUAUAAUUUUAUUAAGCUUUCUGUUUUACAAUUUAAAAUACUCAUUUUACAUCCUUAAGAUAUCACUGACUUCCAUUCUUCUCUUUCCGUGGUUCAUUUUACAUAUCAUAAAUCCCUGCAUAUUUUACCAAAAAAAACCCUGUACCAUUGAGUACAGUCUUCCAUUAUUGCAUCCAUCAAAACCAUUUUAUACUGAUGAAUUUGUCUUAAUGCUGCCGGCAUGUUCAGCUGUACACAAUUAUUUUCCAUAUAUUCAAUAAACUUUAAACAUAUGUUCUUCUUGUUCUCUUAUUCUAUAUGUUAAGUCUGUGAGUUGUGCAUAAGCACGACUCUGGCCUCUUCUUGACCUGCAGGGGCCCAGCACUUUCCUGUCAGCCCUCGUGACAAUACACACAAACACAUACACGCUGCGUGUGCAAUUGUCAGAAUAUGCUUUCGACUUACUCUCCCCCCCCACACACACCUACUUCUGCAUCCUAGGCAUGGAGAAAAUAAACUUUUCAGGAGGGGAGCCGUUUCUGCACGAGAGAGGAGAAUUUGUUGGGAAGCUGGUCCAGUUCUGCAAGGAAGACCUUCAGCUGCCGAGCGUUAGCAUCGUGAGCAACGGAAGUAUGAUCAAGGAAAGAUGGUUCAGAUGCUAUGGUAAGAGAGAGCGCAGGAGAAUCAUAGAGUUGGAAGGGGCUGUGAGGGUCAUCUAAACCAACCCUCCCUGCUGGACAGGAAUCUUCCUCCUAAUGUAGGGCUCAAACCCACGACCCUGAGAUCAAGAGUCUUGUGCUGUACCUACUGAGCUAGCUGGGCAUAGGUGCUUUACUUUACAAGUAAAAGAAAUAAUCUCCCAUUUACCACAAAAUGAUAAACACUAAUACAGUGGUACCUCAGGUUACAGACGCUUCAGGUUACAGACUCCGCUAACCCAGAAAUGGUACCUCGGGUUAAGAACUUUGCCUCAGGAUGAGAAAAGAAAUCGCACGGUGGCAGCAGGAGGCCCCAUUAGCUAAAGUGGUACCUCAGGUUAAGAACAGUUUCAGGUUAAGAACGGACCUCUGGAACGAAUUAAGUUCUUAACCCGAGGUACCACUGUACUAAUAGGGACCCUGUUCUCUGAAUGUAAAUGGAGCCAACGGAGACAGUCUAUCCAUGCACAACAGGACAAUGACUAUAUCCCUACAACAGCUUUGGGACGCGGGUGGCACUGUGGGUUAAACCACAGAGCCUAGGACUUGCUGAUCAGAAGGUUGGUGGUUCGAAUCCCUACGACGGGGUGAGCUCCCAUUGCUCGGCCCCUGUUCCUGCCAACCUAGCAGUUCAAAAGCACGUCAAAGUGCAAGUAGAUAAAUAGGUACCGCUCCAGCGGGAAGGUAAACGGCAUUUCUGUGUGCUGCUCUGGUUCACCAGAAGCGGCUUAGUCAUGCUGGCCACAUGACCCGGAAGCUGUACGCCGGCUCCCUCGGCCAAUAAAGCAAGAUGAGCGCCGCAACCCCAGAGUCGGCCAUGACUAGGCCUAAUGGUCAGGGGUCCCUUUACCUUUUAUUCUUGUCUGCUUUUGCUCAAUAGCAUUUGAUGCUGAAUGCAUGACUACUCACAUAAAUGGAAUUUUUAGUGCAGCCUUUUCGUGUGCGUUUUGGUUUCUUUGUGUGCAUUUUGGUAGUCAAGACAUUAAUUGGUAGUUGGUGGAAGAAUGAGUCCGUUUAUUCACUUGCUUUGGUGCUGUGCUUAUCUGCGGACCUUGGGUUGCUGGGCUCUUGGCCCAGAGAGAGAAACUUAUCUGUAAACUCUGGAUAGUUGCCACCUAUGGCCUCACUAGGCAGGUGAGUGGGUGGGAGGGUCUGGCAUGCUGCUUUGUGUAUAAGGAAUGUAUAAAAGUUUGCUUGGGUACGGACAAGUCACGGUGACCUCCCACAUUUGUGGUGUUUGUCCCGUUUCUCCAAAGGCAGUAGAGCUCCAAAGGUUGGGCUGUAAGUUCACUCUUUCCCAUAAUAGAGCACUAGAAUUGACCACCCUGGCGUUUUUGACAUCCACCUUUGGUAUCCCUGCACCAAACCACUCCAAUGAGCUGGUGGAUCAGGAUAGCCGUUCCUCAAGAGGCGUGAACAGCUCAAGGCUGCUGCUCCAGACAUUCUGAAACCUUGAACAGGAAUCUUUCUCUAGGGUAGCAGAGAUACAGGACGUUUUGUUUCAAGGCCCAUUCUUUUUCAUCUGUUUGAAAAUGUGUUAUUAGUCCUUUAUCCUACUUAACCUUCAUCUACUGGCUGGGGGCAAAAAAAAAGAUCACAUUGUUGAUUUGGGGGGUGUUUUUCUGCUCCGGUGAGAUUUCCCAGGUUUUCUCAUACCAGGGAUGCUCUGAAAAGGGGAAGGCAUGAGAAAAUCUGGAUAGAGGGACAAGGAAGUAUGAGGAGGAUGUGUGAACAGUGGAGAGUUAAUGGAGGCACCAAAGCUUGUUGUCUGCAUUACCCAGCAGUAUGGAUGAUCCCUAAUUUAUUUCUGCUUGUUUUUGGCCUCAGCUAUAAGUUGCUCUGUUUGGACAAUUGGAUACCUGUUCAAUUAAUUAAUUAAAAACAUCUGAGUUUAUUAGUAUUUUAGUAAAACUCCCAUCAUUUUGCCUGUUCCAGGGCAACCAGCAAGAGGGGGCAGUAAUGUUGAAUGAAUUAAUUCAUGGUUGUCACAAUAAUGUUGAGCUCGAUUGACGCCUUGGUAAGGAAUUUAUAGGUAAAUGGAAGAACAGUUAAUUACAAUCCAGAAGCACAUUGUGUGUUAUUUUCUGGUCCGGCCUGUGAAAAUAACCCCAUACUUGGGAUUGAAUAGGAUGUGAGUCAUUGACCCAUAGUGUGGAUCAGGGCUGCCCCAAGACAUUUUGCCACCUGAGGCGGACCCCAAAGUAGCCCCAGAAAACAAGGGGUGAGGGAAAGAUCUACGUCAUGAACAAGGAGGGAAGAAAGAUCAAUAUCAGUAACUUCUGCCCUGGUGGAUCCUGCUGCCUGAGGCAGUCACCUCACCUUGCCUCAUGGGUGGGCUGGCCCUGAAGAAAGAUCUGCAUUGGGACCUGCUGCCCCUGGGGCUGUUGCUACCUGGGGCUCUUGCCUCACCUUGCCUCAUGGUGUUCAUGGGUGAAAGUUGUCUCUUUCAGGGAAAUACCUAGACAUACUUGCAGUGUCGUGUGACAGCUUCUGCGAGGAAGUCAAUGUUUUGAUUGGCCGUGGGCAAGGGAGGAAAAGCCAUGUUGAGAAUCUACAAAAACUGAAGAAGUGGUGUCAAGAUUACGGCGUCGCUUUCAAAAUAAACUCCGUGAUUAACAGAUUCAACAUGGAAGAGGAUAUGAACGAGCACAUUAAAGCUCUAAAUCCUGUCCGUUGGAAGGUAAGAACAUCUUCUUUUCAGCAAAAUACUUUCAUUUCACUAUAAGAUUUCUUACUUGCCCUUCACCAUGACGUCCCAGGGCACAUUAGAACAUAACGGCUGUGUUCUACCUCCACUGUCUGGGGCAGCAUAUCCCUAAAUACCAGCUGCUGUGAAUCCAGCAGAAGCAAAAAAUACAUGGUAUAUACAGACCAAAAGUAAAGUAAGAAGAAAGGAUAAUGUGCUCAGCGACAGGUUUAUAUCUCCCUGUCCCUUGAGUUUUCACAUGGCUCAUAGGAGAAAAACACCAGCUGCAGUCAUGUUUGACUUGUUGUUGUUUAGUCGUUUAGUCGUGUCCGACUCUUCAUGACCCCAUGAACCAGAGCACGCCAGGCACUCCUGUCUUCCACUGCCUCCCGCAGUUUGGUCAGACUCAUGCUGGUAGCUUCGAGAACACUGUCCAACCGUCUCGUCCUCUGUCGUCCCCUUCUCCUUGUGCCCUCCAUCUUUCCCAGCAUCAGGGUCUUUUCCAGGGAGUCUUCUCUACUCAUGAGGUGGCCAAAGUAUUGGAGCCUCAGCUUCAUGAUCUGUCCUUCCAGUGAGCACUCAGGGCUAAUUUCCUUAAGAAUGGAUGUGUUUGAUCUUCUUGCAGUCCAUGGGGCUCUCAAGAGUCUCCUCCAGCACCAUAAUUUAAAAGCAUCAAUUCUUCGGCGAUCAACCUUCUUUAUGGUCCAGCUCUCACUUCCAUACAUAACUACUGGGAAAACCAUGGCUUUCACUAUGCGGACCUUUGUUGGCAAGGUGCUGUCUCUGCUUUUUAAGAUGCUGUCUAGGUUUGCCAUCGCCUUUCUCCCAAGGAGCAGGCGUCUUUUAAUUUCGUGACUGCUGUCACCAUCUGCAGUGAUAAUGGAGCCCAAGAAAGUAAAAUCUCUCACUGCCUCCAUUUCUUCCCCUUCUAUUUGCCAGGAGGUGAUGGGCCCAGUGGCCAUGAUCUUCGUUUUUUUGAUGUUGAGCUUCAGACCAUAUUUUGUGCAUGUUUGACUAGAAAGUACAAUAAUGUUCUUGUGAAUCCAGGAAGAUUCUUCACAAAUAAAACUCCAUCCCUGACAGAGGAUUGCUGCAAUGCACUCAGGUUCUGCUUACAAGCUUCCUAUGAGCAUCUGGUUGACGUCUGAGAACAGAGUUCUGGACUAAAUGAAAGUUUGGCCCUAGAAAAAGAGCACUGGUUGUGUGGCUCCUCCCAGUUCUCAAUUGGGUCAGGAGCUUCCAUUGAUAAAGCAAACUCGUUGCUUCAGAAUUUAUGCCCGACACAGUGGUGAGGAUGAGGCUAGACAUACAGCUGCACAGCCCCUUUCGCCACAUUCAUCCUCUUCACACGCGUAACCCCUGAAGAGACUAGUGAUUCUGUUGCUGCUCUAGGAGGAUCAUGGACCUACUGGCUGGGGUGGGUGGCAAAAUGCUGUGGGUGUGUUUUCUCAUAGGUGACAGUAAGUGAGCCUCCAGUCACUAUCGUAUAGUUUAAAGGUAAAGGUAAAGGGACCCCUGACCAUUAGGUCCAGUCGUGACCGACUCUGGGGUUGCGGCGCUCAUCUUGCAUUACUGGCCGAGGGAGCCGGCGUACAGCUUCCGGGUCAUGUGGCCAGCAUGACUAAGCCGUUUCUGGCAAACCAGAGCAGCGCACGGAAACGCCGUUUAGCUUCCCGCCGGAGCGGUACCUAUUUAUCUACUUGCAUUUUGAUGUGCUUUCAAACUGCUAGGUUGGCAGGAGCAGGGACUGAGCAACGGGAGCCCACCCCAUCAUGGGGAUUUGAACCGCCGACCUUCUGAUCAGCAAGCCCUAGGCUCCCGUAUCCCUAGCACCACCCGCGUCCCGUAUCAUAUAGUUUACCCGUGGUCUAUUACUGUGUAAAAAGAGACUAUCGAGAGUCUCUCCAUCAGAUCAUUGUUUUGCCUCGGUGGUUGUGUGACCGACAAACAUCCUCUCUUAAUCAUACACUCGGCUGUCUCACAGGUAUUUCAGUGCCUGCUCAUCGAAGGAGAAAAUACAGGGGAAGAGGCUCUGAGAGAAGCGGAGAGAUUUGUUAUCAGUGACGAAGAUUUUGAACGAUUCCUGCAUCGCCAUAAAGAUGUCUCAUGCUUGGUGCCCGAAUCUAAUCAAAAGGUAAAGUUCUUCUAAUGCGGACUAUUCAUCAACUCUGAGAAAAGACCUUUUUAUCUUGAAAACUAGAAAUGCUAAUAAUGGUUUGGUUUUGUAUUUUGAAAGGAGCUUGCUAGCAGAAAAACGCAGGCACAAAGUUUCCUGCUUUCCCCAGCUGGAAAUGGGGGCCACGUCGGCUAGAAUUCUUGUAAGCUUGCAGCGCUGUACGAUAAACACUCCAGAUGGGUAGGGCUUGGACGGAUAGGUCUAUUGUGGAAAACAUUAAGCCUUAACAAUAUGCUGACAUCGCAGCAGUGUUAAAGCAGCUUCUGAUGCAGUCUGUUUCAUCAGGGAGGGUAAAAGGUAAAGGAACCCUGGACGGUUAAGUCCAGUUGAAUUUGACUAUGGGGUGCGGUGCUCAUCUUGGUUUUCAGGGAGCCGGCAUUUGUCCGCAGACAGCUUUUCCAGUCAGGCCAGCAUGACUAAACUGCUUCUGGCGCACGGAGCCCUGUGACGAGUGCCAGAGCACAUGGAAACACCAUUUAACUUCCUGCUGCAGCGGUACCUAUUUUUCUACUUGCGCUGGUGUGCUUGCAGAGAGGGUAGCUUUGUUGGUUUACUCACUUCCUAAACGUUAGCUCAUUUUGUUCAAAAUAGUUAAGAAGACAAAAUUGCGGUAGUAAUAGAGCUGUUGCUGAUGAAUGCUUUCACCAGGGCCAUGUAUUAUUUUAUAACUGUGAGGUGUAAGAGAAGUAACCGGGAUUGGGUAUGGAAUUCAGCAUUCUGAAAAUCUUAGGGGGUUCCCCCCCUCACUUAAUGUUUGAAGAUAAACCAUCCCCUUUAUGUUUCCUCUCUGUUCAAUUUUUGAUUGAAAGCACUUUAAUACAGAGAGCUGUCCUCUUAUACCCAAUGAAGUUGUUUUUGUAUUAAAGCAUGGAUCGGUUCCAUGUAAUUUAUAUACAGGUUUAAGUUAUUAGAAAAACAACAAUCCUAAAGCUUAGGUAAAAUCUGUCAUUAUUACUGUUCACCAAUCUUCAAACCUACAGAUAUAUUUUAAUAUUAUUAUUUUUUCUCCAUCCCCCUUUUUAUUUAACAGAUGAGAGAUUCAUACCUAAUUCUGGAUGAAUAUGUAAGUUGUUUUCUUUUGUUGUUUUAUUUACCCUGCCCCACACAACCACAACUUGAAAUGUUCAUUCCAUCUAUGGGGCAAAAUAUCAGCCUUUGCCCUACACUUACUUGGUUGGACAAGUCUUACUUAAACCAGUGUGGUGUAGUGGUUAAGAGCGGUAGACUUGAUCUGGGGAAACGUGGCAGCGGCAGCCUCAGCAGCCCAGAGCCAACCUGGUAGCGCAGUUGGCUCUGGCUGGCUUCAGGAGCUUCUCGCUGCCAUGGUGCCCGCCAUUUUUCCUCACCGGAAGUCCCCAUAUGAUGUGUCUUGUGCAAUCUCCUGCCCCCUGCCCCCUUUGUUUUGACUGAUCGGGGGAAGCUCGGGAGUCGCGGGCAGGUGGCUGUUGCCCAGGUUUUUUUAAAAACUCAGUGCAUUUAUGUUUCACAGGGUGCGAAAGAAGGGCUUUGCACCUUUAUACAAUAUGCAUGUAUGCUUGGAUCUAGGGUCUUUUGCCUCAGCAUCCCCACUACUGACUCCCUACUCAGCUUCAAUAAUAAUAAUAAUAAUAAUAAUAAUAAUAAUAAUAAAGGGUAUGUCCCCGGAUUCAUUGAAAAAAAAUCUGGUAAGCCACAGUAAACUGUGGUUAAUCCAAAACAGAAGUGAUAGUUUUUGAUCUUCUUGUGACUGUGCUGGUGGAGAUCUACUGAAGCUUAUCCCUGUAAUGUGUGAAUGGCACGAUGCAAUAUUUACAAUUCUAGUUUAUAUUUCAUUAUGAUAAAAUUUAAGUAAAAAGAGGGAUUGGUACACCCUGUGGAGAAACCCAAGGAAGUGCUGCGCCCCAGUGCAACAAAACAAAACAAAAUUGGGAUACUGCACAGAUACCUGCCAUGUUUUUUUCACACUUGGAUACCGGAAGUCUUUAUUCAUUUAUUGAAUUUAUAUCCCACCUUUUUCUCUAUGGAGUUCAAGAUGGCUUAUAUAGUUCCUCCACUCCUCAUUUAAUCCCCACAAGAACCCUGUGAGGUAGGUUAGGCUUAGAGGGAGUGACUGGCCCAAGGUCACCCAGCGAGCUUCAUGGUUGGGAAUCAAACCCUGGAGUCUCCCAGCUCCUAGUCCAAGAUUCUAACCACUGCACCACCAGCUUUUAGAUGGGGUUCGUGAACAGAUGACUGUGCUUGGCUGUGCAGCUCUGGAAUAUAAGUUGAUUGAGCUUGAGCCUUUCUGUAUUUUGAGGAAAUACAAUACCUGUACCUGAGAGGAUGGGUAGAACCCCUGUCCCUGAACAUUUCCCGGUGUGUGUCUAGUGUAAGGUUAUCAGAUUUUUUUUCAAUGAAUGCGGGGACACUUUUCAGCUUCAAUGGAUUUUGUAUGGGGACUGAUUUGUAAAUCCGGGGACUGUCCCUGGGAAACGGGGACAUCUGGUAACCUUAGUCUAGUGGUUAAGAUUUGUGCUGUCAGCAUCCUGAGAUUUUAAUUCCUGACCACACCAAUGUAUCAAUUCGUUAUUAUUAUUAUUAUUAUUUACCCUACCUAGGAAACCUACAGCCCAAAUUGCUCAACCAUACAUGCUAUCUGAAAGUGUUUUUUUUGGGGGGGGGGACAGUUGCACAUCUCAUUAAAAGUACAUGGUUGUAAUGUGACAGCAAAUUCUGUUAUUGGCUGGAAUGUACAUUUCUAUUACCUGUUCUAUUUCAUCUGCAUACACAAGUACUGCAAGGCGGUCUCAAAGGGUUGUGUAAAAAUACAGUGUGGCAGGGUAAAGGUAAAGGGUAAAGGGACCCCUGACCAUUAGGUCCAGUCGUGGCCAACUCUGGGGUUGCGGCGCUCAUCUCGCUUUAUUGGCUGAGGGAGCCGGCCAUGUGGCCAGCAUGACUAAGCCGCUUCUGGCAAACCAGAGCAGCACACGGAAAUGCUGUUUACCUUCCCGCUGGAGCGGUACCUAUUUAUCUACUUGCACUUUGACGUGCUUUUGAACUGCUAGGUUGGCAGGAGCAGGGACCGAGCAACAGGAGCUCAACCCGUCGCGGGGAUUUGAACCGCCAACCUUCUGAUCGGCAAGUCCUAGGCUCUGUGGUUUAAGAGUAGGAAAUGCAUUUAUUUAAAAUGUUCCUCUGUGGAUCUUCACUGCAUACUUUACAUACAUUUGGAGUUAGGCACCAGGGGUGUUCCAGCAACUUUAAUCUCAAGUGAUUGGGAUGUGGGUAUUUGUUUUGUGGGAUCUGCUAUAUAUGUUCUUAAUUCUCCUCUCUGUCCACCCCUCACCCCAGAUGCGUUUUCUAAACUGUGCAAAUGGCCGGAAAGAACCUUCCCGAUCUAUCCUGGAUGUAGGUGUAGAAGACGCAAUAAAAUUCAGUGGAUUUGAUGAAAAUAUGUUUUUCAAGCGAGGAGGAAAAUAUGUCUGGAGCAAAGCAGAUAUGGCACUAGAAUGGUGACCAAACCUGUCUGUUUACCACAUGUGCACUGAAACCAUGAACAGUAUCCAUUUCUUCCACCCUGGAGAGAGAAUGAUAUGUAUUUUAGCUUCUUUGGGUGUGCGGCAGGAUUUUAAUGACUGUGGACUGUUGCAAGCAAAAUAGGUGUACAUUUCCCCACAAGUGGGAAUUAGCUUUCAGUCACUGUAUAUUUAAAUAAUGGCUUGCACCAGCAACAAAAGCAGCACUGUGUAUACAUAGGCUUGGAUAAAACAUCUCCCCAAAGACUCAAACACAGAAGAAGAUCUGAACUGCCACACCAAGUCUUCCGAAGACUUUGGGUUUGUAGAGGAAGACUACAUAUUAACCAGCAAUACCUAACGUCAGUGAGGCUUAAACGUAUAAAGAGGAAGGCCCAUGGUGACAAGGACACAAGCUCUCAGAUACUUAUUUGUAUGCACGGAGGCAGCUGUCAUCAACACUUUCAGAUAAAUGCUGUUUAAGCCGAAGAUAUAGCCGGGCAUCAAGCAGACACAGACAUCACUGGAGCAUUACUAAAUUACCAAGAGUGAAAAGAUUGUCUUUGGCAAAGACUUUAGCAAUACAUAGAAAACUAAAUAUGCUACCGCCAAAAAACCAGGGGAACUCUCAAACAGACUAAUGGCCCAGCAGUGGCUAAUGUGGCAUUGGAACACAACAGAACAAAUAAAAUGGCACAAGCUUUUAAGAAAAUAUAUAUAGGUGUGAUGGCCAUUUAUUCCAUACACCAGCAAUGAUCCGUUAACUCUGGCUGGACACACGUAGCAUUAUUAUUUUGUAAAAGGAAACUGUAAUUCAUAGAAUUGCAGAGUUGGAAAGGACCUUGAGGAUUGUCUAGUUCAACCCUCUGCAAUUGCAGGAAUAGGCAGCUGUCCCAUGCAGGGAUCGAACCUGCGCCCUACUGAGCUAUCUGGUAACUUCUAGAUACUGUGCUGUGUUGCACCUGAUCCAGUUGCUUCAGCUGUUGAGAGCGCAGCAGCUAGACUACUGAUGGGGGCAGAGAGGGUUGGCAGUGUGUGACCACUCUGCUAGAUCACCUGCACUGGCUGCCCAGGUUCAAAUCUCUUGUAUUAAUAUACAAAGCCUUUGAACUACUUGUGUCCAGGAUACCUUAAGGGCUGCCUGAGUCCUUAUAUCCCAGCUCCAUCACUGAGAUCAUGUGGAGGAGCAGGAUUUGUCCCCCGUGUUUCAGAGGUCCAACUGGCCUGGGCUAGAAGCCAGGUGUUUAGUGAUGCUAAAUGUGUGGUGGUUUUUUUUGGGGGGGCUAUUGGGUUGUUUUUAUUUUUAUUAUGUCUUUUGUGGUUUUAUAUCUUGAUUUUAUUCUGUGUACUGCCCUGAGACCCCCGGGUAUAGGGCGGUAUAUAAAUUCAAUAAAUAAUGCUAUGGAAAAGACGUGCCUAUUUGGUUUAAGUUUUAUUAAGAUUAGGCAGGCAUCUUGAAGAUUAUUUUGUAUUGUUUCAUUCUGUAUAUAUUGCCGUACACCACCUUGAUGUUUCUGAUGUGACAUAUAAAUACUUUUGUAAACUAAUACAGGCGAACGGUCAUAAAACUGGAAAAACCAUUGCUUGUUUCUAGUGAUUAUGUAUUUUUUGUGUUUUUAUAUUGUGAUUUUAUGUUGAAGCCACCAUGAGAACUGUGGGUAUAGGGAAGUAUACAAAUUU